GCUACUUGUUUAUCCACCUUUUUUUUUUUUUGGUUGAGCUUGUUUAUCAACUUAAAUGAGCUUUAGCUCACUAAACAUAUGAUUGAGUUUGAACUCAAGUCUGUUAGGUAUAUUAGUAAUUAGAUAAAGUAGAAUAUUUGAACUUAAAUUUUGGGAAGCUCUACUCUCUGCGUCUCCGACCACUGCACACCGCAACCGUAGAUGCGCUCGCCGCCAAUCUCCCAGCGGCGUCGCCGCUUAAGCUCCGCCGGGUUGGGGAUCGCCGCAAUAGCCUACGUUGGCGUAGACUACCUCCGCCACCUCUCGCCGCUGUGGCACGAGCGCCUGCAGCCAGCUCUCUGGGUGGCUCUCGCGAUCGCCGCCCUAAUUCGCGUCCCCUUUUACAAGCAUUGGUCGUUGGAGCUUCGGGCGGCUAUACCGUUUAUUCUGUCGAUUCUUUUCAUGCUUUCAGCCCUUCUGUUUGAAGCAAUUUCAGUUCGCUCUGUCACCGCUGUUCUAGGUCUAAAUUGGCACAAUGAAACGCCACCUCUCCCUGACGUUGGCCAGUGGUUACUGCUAGCUUUGAACGAGAAGUUACCUCAAAUAAUGGUGGAUAUACUGAGAGCUCGUAUCAUUGGGUUGCAUCAUUACUUGAUGUUGUUUAUUAUGCUUGGAUUCUCAGUUUUGUUUAAUUCAGUUGAAGCUCCUGGUCUAGGCCUGGGAGCAAGAUAUAUGUUCACCAUGGGUGUUGGGCGGCUUCUUCGCGCAAUAGCUUUCAUAUCUACCAUCCUUCCCUCAGCACGGCCAUGGUGUGCUUCAGCUAGAUUCCAAGUGCCUCCACACCCACAUCGUUGGGCUCAGAAAUAUUAUGUUCCAUACGCCAAAGAUUCUAGUGCUAUACGCCAUAUUAUUCAUCAUGAUUUUGCAUAUGCUGUUACAGGAGAAUAUGAUGCCGACUUCAUACCAAACUGGGGCGUGAUGAACUUUCUUGCUGAUUUUCUGCGACCUACAGCUUCCGAAGGAUCUUCACCGUGGUACAGUCUUCUAAAGAAAGCUGGAGGCGGGUGCAACGACCUAAUAUACAGUGGCCACAUGCUUGUUGCUGUCUUAACAGCUAUGGCCUGGACAGAAGCGUAUGGGGGGUUUACUUCAGCCAUUAUAUGGAUGCUCGUGGUGCACAGUGCCCAACGUGAAAUCCGGGAGCGCCACCAUUAUAGCGUGGACUGCCUUCUGGCCAUCUACAUGGGCAUCUUCUUGUGGAAGAUGGUAGGUGUAUUCUGGCCAAUCAAGGACAGCUCCAGAUAUAAGCGGUUAAAUAAACUGGAGAAAAUUGAGAGCAGACUAGUGCAAGCAGCCAAAGACUCCGACAUGGUUCGAGUUCGAGAACUUCUAGAAGAGGUCGAGUCGAGCAGUCAGGUUAGGCAGGAAACGAGUAGCAGAGCUUUGUGGGUGUUUUCUGGUGCAACCAUGUUGUUUGCAUUAGUCGUAGUCAUUCUUGCCUUCACAUUGACAAGCGACGGCUGAUUUUCACUCACUUUUCCACGAUGGUAGCUUACUCAAUAUCCUCACCUUUUUAAUUAUUUCAAUUGUUGUAGGUGAGAUUGAUUUAGGUGAGAUUGAUUUGUAUGGAGAUGUGCCAUGUUCAUGUUGUUGUAAGAUGAAAUUUUGUUGUAUGUUUCAACCUUUAAGCAUCUAUCAAGAUAAUUUUGACAUUACUGAUGAAUGAAAUUUUAUCAUACCGUAUAUUAGACAA